AUGAGCGUGAGCAAUUUAGAUGUGGACGAUACAACUAAAUCGUAUCAAGCAGCAGAGACAACUACUGAAGUGGCAAUCGAUUCCACAACGGAGUUUACAACUAGUACGACGGAAAUAACUAACGAAGAUUCCACAACGGAUUCCACAACAAGUUCCACAACAACAGAGUUCAUAACGAGUACAACUGAACUACCAUCUUCAAUGCUGCUUCCAAUUCUUGGAAUUAUUCCUGGAAUUGAAACUACAACGAGCACUUCAUGGAACGACGCUGCCGAGGAAACCACCAAACAGGAAAAUUUCAGCUAUACGACAACUGGAAUUCCCAACAUAGAUAGCACAACCGAGUCAAAUGAAUUAAGAUCAACAACUAUUGAUUCUAUCACCUCGAUAGAUGUGACCACAGAAGCUGAAAUCUCAACAUCACAAGGAACUCCUGAAAGCACAACUGAGAACAUAGAGUCGACUACACAAAAGUUCUUCAAAUACGAUGAGACAAUUGAAAGCUGGGAAUCAACUACUCAACUUCCUAUGUCCACAACCGAAUUGCCUGGUACUACUACGUCGUCUGAAAAUGAUGCCACCACAACAGAAGCAACUACUCCUGAAAAUACAACGCAAGGAUUGGAGACGACGACCCAAAAUGAAGAUUUCUCCUCGGAAUCACCUGAGUUGCAAACUACAACAGAAGCCAAAGAUUCGACAACACAAUUUCCUACGACAACAAAUAAAAUAUCACUAAUAGAACCUGUAACUGAAGUAAAUUCUAACGAAACUAGCACCACUCCAAAAAUUAUCGAAAACACUACAGCAGCUAAUUCUAUUAUAGAAAUAAGCACAACUGAAAAGGUUUCCACACUUCCACAAAGCCUUAACUUUAAUGAUGACAUAAUACAAAAUAAGCUUCCAUGUUGUUUUUAAUAUAAAGGGUGUUUGUGACGUCACGUGCUUGCCUAAAAGAAGCAACCUACACAAA